AUGCCGCCGCAUCGCCCGGAGCUGCAAGGACGGCGCUUCUGGUCGGGACUGUCCAUCCUGUCCAAGCGAUCCUACGCGACUUCGUCCUUUGAGGCCGACGACGAGCACUCCUCGGGCGACGACGAGAUGAGCCUGCGCGACAGCUUCGACAGCGACGUGCGGCCGGGCGUGCCGGCGUAUGCGGGCCACGAUGCCAGACCGACCAGCAAGAAGGAGAUCUGGGGCUGGUACAUGUACGGCUUCGCGGCCGAGACGUAUGUCAUUUGCGGCAUUGCCUCCUUCAUCCCAAUUCUCCUAGAAACGCUUGCUCGAGAGAAUGGCGUCCUUCUAUCCAACCCCGACAAGCCGUGCGGCUCCAGCGACAGCAAAUCGGAGGAUGACGGCCAGUGUGUCGUCUAUGUAUUGGGCAUCCAGAUCAACACGGCGAGCUUUGCCAUGUACACCUUUUCCGCCAGUGUCUUGCUGCAGGCGCUUUUGGUCGUCAGCAUCAGCUGCGCUGCCGACCACGGCAACUAUCGAAAGCGGCUGCUCCUCGCCUUUGCCUGGCUCGGCGGCAUUUCCGUCAUGGCCUUCAUCUUCAUUAGCAAGACGACGUACCUGCUCGGCGCCGUGUUGACCAUCAUCUCCAACACGUCGUUUGGCGCAUCCUUUGUCCUGCUCAACUCAUUUCUCCCGCUGCUGGUUCGAAACCAUCCCGAAGUGAUGGAGGCGUACGUGCCGGAAUCGCCCGAGUCGGUUGAUGGGCCGCUUGAUUCCCGCCAUAUGGGAGAUUCAACCGAUGAUUUGGACGGAGCCUCGAUCAAUUCCACUUCGGGCCUGCUACCUUCCAACGAUCGGCAUCAAAGGUAUGGACUCAAGCGAGUCGCAACCCACGAAGAAAUUACUUCCAAGGAGCUUCAGCUUUCCACGCACAUAUCCUCUUUAGGCAUCGGCAUCGGCUACAGUGCUGCCUUGUUCGUGCAGUGUGCCUCCAUCGCUAUCCUGAUUGCUAUGAAAAAUACGACAUGGUCCCAAAGGGUUGUGCUGUUCAUUAUUGGAGCUUGGUGGUCCAUCUUCACCAUCCCUGCUGCGCUGUGGCUGAGGCCAAGGCCGGGGCCAGCUCUGACGAUACAUGGCCGCAAAGAUGGCGCCUCCUGGUGGGUAUACCUAAAGUUUGCGUGGAAGUCUCUGUUUCGCACGAUUCAGCUGGCCAGGCGUCUGCUGGAUAUCACCCUCUUUCUCUGCGGCUGGUUCCUCCUCUCGGAUGCCAUUGCUACCACCUCUUCCACUGCCGUUCUGUUCGCCAAGACCCAGCUCCACAUGGAGCCAUGGGCUUUGGGCAUGAUCAAUGUCAUCGCCACCAUGGCUGGAAUCUUUGGUGCCUUUGGCUGGUCGUGGAUUUCUCGGGCGUUCAACUUGAGACCCCAUCAGACAAUUCUCGUCUGCAUUGGGCUGUUUGAGCUCAUCCCAAUCUACGGCCUCCUGGGCUACCUGCCAUUCAUUAAGCGGUGGGGUGUUGUUGGACUACAGCAGCCGUGGGAAAUGUAUCCCCUGGCCGCCGUGUACGGUCUCGUCAUGGGCGGCCUGAGCAGCUACUGCCGCUCCCUGUUUGGCGAGCUGAUCCCGCCCGGAUCGGAGGCCGCGUUUUACGCUCUGUAUGCCAUCACCGACAAGGGGUCCAGUGUUUUCGGCCCUGCGAUAGUGGGGGCCAUCAUUGACAGGACUGGAAGUAUCAGACCUGCGUUUUGGUUCCUCGGCGCACUUGUUGGCCUUCCAGCUCCUCUCAUCUAUUUCAUCAAUGUUGAGCGUGGCAAGAGAGAGGGCGAGAAGCUUGCUGAAACCAUUGAGGGUUUUGACCCUGAGGACCAUGCGGAGGAAGACGAAAGCGACGAGGAAGCGGCCCGAGGCAUACUGGCAGAUUAUGAGGCGGCGGAGGGCAAUGGCAGCGCCUCACAUCGACGGUAAGAUUCGGAAGUUUGGAUAGCAUCUAUCGGUGGUCGCGAGGGCCGAAUUUUCUCCUCUUGGUCGUUGCCGUCCCGAAUGGGUAGGGAUGCAUUAACGACUUGCUGUGCAUAGCGUAGGCGUUUUUGUUUGGUCAGUGAGCUUUGGAUGUUGCCAUGGAAUCCUGGGAUAUUGAUUUGGAGGCUACUUGGCCUCUUUCUGCCUUGAGAUCUG